AUGUUCGGAGCUCAGCCGUCGUCUGCCGCAGCCUUCGGCACUCCCUCUUCCACACCUGCGUUCGGAACGCCUUCCUCCACCCCGGGGUUCGGAACUCCUUCGUCCACCUCAGCCUUCGGCACCCCGUCCUCCACUCCAGCCUUCGGCACGCCUUCCACUCCAUCAUUCGGCUCGGGGUUCGGCACUUCACUCUUUUCCACUCCAUUCUCCCAGCAAGCGCAACCUCAACAGCAGCAGCAGACUCCUUCACUAUAUCAAACCCCACAGCCUCAAUCCAGUAGCUAUUUUGGCUUUUCGACGCCAUUUGGUGCCGCCUCACAAGCUCAGCCCACGCCGUUCAAUGCUCCGCCUUCAUUGCCUUUUGCGAAUUCACAGUUGACUACUCAGAUGGCUCCUGUUGCUCCCCUUCCCUUUUCCCUCGCCGAUCGUGAUAUUCAAGCAAUUGUAGAAGCUUAUAAGGAGGAGCCUGGGAACUUGAAAUAUGCAUUUAAGCAUCUCUUAUUCAGUGUUACGGAACCUCAGCACAGAGCAAAGCCUGCUGGUGUAUCAGACAUUAUGUGGGCAGAGGCAAUGGGGAAGCUUGAAGGCAUGGAAAGUUCUAACCGGGAACGCUUGUGGCCACAACUUGUGCAGGGUUUUAAAGAUCUUUCAAGCCGUCUCAAGCUUCAAGAUGAAGUCAUGCUCUCAGAUUCUGAGAGAUUAAAGAUGACAAGGAGCAAUGUGAAGAUGCUCCAAAGGCAUUUUCAAGUUGACACUCUUCCUCGGAUUCAAAGGAUGCAACAAAAAGAGCAAGUUCUCCAUAGGCGUCUUUUAAGGGUAAUGAAAAUAGUAGAGGCACUGGAGGGUAAAGGUUACCGGUUACCUCUAACAAAAGGAGAAGCUGAAUUGGCUGAGAAGUUGGCUGCAAUAACUCGGCAGUUAAAAGGACCUGGAGCAGAACUUUCUCGACGGGUUCAAAAUCUGCUCGCUAUUUCACGUGUUCAAGCAAAUGGCCUUGAUGGUGGCUCUCUUUAUCUUCCGGGAUCAACCAAUAUCCACGAACAAAGUCUUGCAGACAUGCAAGAGGUCUUGCAGCAGCAAACCGAGGCUAUAUCUAGGCUUUGCAAUGUGAUGAAGAGAGAUUUCCGAGAUUUGGAGAUCAUAAUGGCUGAGGAUACCGAGAGGAUUAAAGAUUAA